CCUGAGGCGUAUAAACGGGAGACAGACGAAGAUUUCCUCCUCUCCGUGUGUGCAGACUCAGAGCCUGACCUGUUAACUUGUUGGUGGUGUAAGUUUGAAGCGCUUGAAUCUGAAACCAUGGCCCAGGACAUGACUCUGCUGUGGGGCUCCGGCUCUCCUCCCUGCUGGAGGGUCAUGAUCGCCCUGGAGGAGAAGAACCUGCAGGGCUACAACAGCAAACUGCUCUCCUUCGACAAAAUGGAGCACAAGUCCCAGCAAGUGUUGGAUAUUAACCCCAGAGGACAGGUUCCCUCCUUCAAGCAUGGAGACCUGAUCAUUAACGAGUCCUACGCUGCCUGCUUUUACCUUGAGAGUCGGUUCAAGUCCCAGGGAACCAAGCUGAUCCCCGACGGCGCCGAGGAGCAGGCGCUGAUGUUCCAGCGCACGUUUGAGGGCCUCACCUUGUACGAGAAAAUGGCCGCGGUGAUUUUCUAUACCUACUACGUUCCUGAAGGGGAGCGGCUGGAGGCGGCUCUGAAGAGGAACGAGGAGGCCCUGGUCGCUGAGCUCAAACUCUGGGAGGGUUACCUGGAGAAGCUGGGCUCUGGCUCUUACCUGGCAGGAAAGUCUGUUUCCAUGACAGACGUGGUCGUUUUCCCAACUGUUGCCACCCUGUUCAGAUUUGGGCUGUCCGCUGAGCGCUACCCCAAACUGGGAGCGUACUACGCUCUGAUGAAGGAACGGCCCAGCGUCAAGGCCAGCUGGCCUCCUCAUUGGCUGGAGAACCCCAAGGGACAGGACACCCUGAAGGACAUGUGAAAUGGACCGCUUCCUGUCUCGCAUAUGAAGAAAUAGAAAUGGGAGAACACACUAAUCAUAAUGACUAACACAGAUUUAGGUGGCAUUCCAGGGAAUUGUUGCAGCUUUUGUUCUUUUCCGAGUCAAAAUCGUCCAUUUUCGGUGCCUUCUGGAUAAUUGUCGUGACGGAAGGUGAUUUAGUUUCUGCUGCAUUGUGCAGAAAAUAUUUUAGCACAGGAGCUUUCUGUAGAGCCUUGCAACACAAAUCCUGCACCCUGCAAUAAAUUGUGGCCAUAAUUGAGAGAUGGUUCAAAUUUCUCUAAGUUCAGUGUGUUUUAAAGAUGUUCAAAGUCUGACUGGAUGAGAUAAGAUGCCUCGUUGGAGAAGAUCCACGUUAUCUACUAUCUGGUUAAUCAUUUCAAAACCAUUUUCAGAAAGUGGUUUGCACUGCACACAUGUUCGGUGGUGUUGUGACUUUGCAUAAAUCUGUCCUUUAAAAUGCCGUCCUUUGCAUAGUUUUGCUUUGCAUGUUGAGUGCUCAGCCUGUUUGAGAGCCAGCAGUGUGCUGGAUGUAGGUCAGUGUUAAAAAUCUCAUUAAAAGUGAGUUUGUACCGCUA